AUGGAAAACCAUUUAAAUGGCUCAAUUCCUCAAGAAAUAGGUCAGCUUAAGUUCCUGUACGAGCUUGCGCUGUACACCAACAAUCUCGAAGGUUCAAUUCCUAUUUCUCUCGGGAAUUUGAGCAACAUGAGAUUUUUGUAUCUCUAUGAAAACCAACUUUCUGGUCCCAUUCCUCCAGAAAUAGGAAACCUUCAUAAUUUGGUUGAGCUCUUUAUCGAUGCCAACUACUUGACAGGUCCAAUCCCUCCAAAUUUUGGAAACUUCAUAGAGCUCACUGUGAUGUCAUUGUGUAACAAUAAUCAUUCUGGUUCUAUCCGUUCAGAACUAGGAAAUCUGAAGUCUCUGAUCCAACUCUACAUUCAUCAGAACAAUUUUUCUGGCUCAAUCCCAGCAUCUUUAGAAAUCGUAUACCUCCGUGACAACAAACUUUCUGGCUCCAUCCCCAAAGAGUUUGAGAAUCUCAUGAAGUUGACUGUACUGGAGUUGGAUACUAACCAACUUUUCGGUUCUUUACCCCAAAAUAUUUGUCGAGGUGGAUCACUAGAAUACUUUACAGCAAACAACAACAAUUUGACAGGACCUAUCCCCAAAAGCUUGAAAACUUGCAGCAGCUUAGUCAGACUCCGUCUGGGAUGGAACCAACUCACAGGCAAUAUCUCUGAAGACUUUGGUGUCUAUCCUCAUCUUCAAUUUAUAGACCUAAGCCACAAUAACUUCUAUGGCGAAGUCUCACACACUUGGGGACAAUGUCCACAUUUAGCAACCCUACGAAUUGCUGGAAACAAACUUACUGGUAGCAUACCACCUGAGAUAAGCAAUGCAGCCCAAAUUCAUGAACUAGAUCUUUCAUCAAACCGUUUAGUUAGCAUGAUCCCAGAGGAAUUGAGGAGAAUGACUUCUUUGUUGAAGCUGGUGUUGAAUGACAAUCAAAUUUGGGGUCAUAUACCCUCAGCAUUUGGAUCCUUGAAUAAUCUUGAAUACCUUGACCUGUCCAUGAACAAAUUUAGCGAGUCAAUUCCAAGCACUUUAGGUGACUUGUCCAAGUUAAACUACUUGAAUUUGAGCAACAACAAGUUGAGUCAGGAAAUUCCGUUUCAGUUGGGGAAGUUAGUUCAUCUGUCCCUACUGGAUUUGAGUUAUAACUCACUUGAGAAUAAGAUACCAUCAGAAAUGAGCAAUAUGCAAAGCCUGGAGACACUGAAUCUUUCACAUAAUAAACUUUCUGGUCUCAUUCCAACAUCUUUCGAUGAAAUGCCUGGCUUGCUGUACAUCGACAUAUCCUACAAUCAGUUGCAGGGUCCCUUUCCAAACAACAAAGCAUUUCAAGAUGCUACCUUGGAUGGGAAUAAGGGAUUGUGUAGUGAUGUUGUUAGAAGAUUUCAACCCUGUAAGAAUGUCACUAAAUUCAAUCGAGAAUCUGUAUUCAUAAUCAUUUUUGUUUCCUUGGGAGCUCUUUCACUUGCUGUCCUUGGAAUUGUAACGAUUGUUAGAUCAAUAAAGAAGAAAGAGCAGCAACCAAAGCAGCAUGAUAUGCAGGAUGGAGGGACUUUUUCCGUACUUAACUUCGAUGGAAAAAUGAUGUAUGAAGAAAUCAUAAAAGCAACCAAUGGUUUUGACUCCAUGUACUGCAUUGGUAAGGGAGCAUCUGGAAGCGUCUACAAGGCAAAGCUGUCCUCAGCCAUCAUAGUUGCGGUGAAGAAACUCCAACAUGUACUAGAUGGCGAUGACUUUGGCACUGCUAAGUUGUUGUAUCCAGACUCAUCUAAUUGGACUGCUCGUGCGAGCACAUAUGGAUACAUAGCUCCAGUUUCUUUGGCAGAGCUUGCUUACACAAUGAAGGCAACUGAGAAAUGUGAUGUUUAUAGUUUUGGAGUGCUGGCACUAGAAGUGAUAAUGGGAAAGCCGCUGGGUGAUUUCAUCUCUUCAUUUUUACAUCUAUCCGUCAAUGCAAACAUAUUGCUUACGGAAAUUUUGGACCAACGCCUACCGCCUCCUACACCUCAAGUUGAAGAUGAUCUGAUAACCAUUGCAGGGCUAGCAAAUGCAUGCACACAGUCCAAUCCACAAUCUAGGCCAACAAUAUGCAGAAGGUGUGUCAGGUCUUAUCAUCCCAAAAUGCAUAUUCCUAUCGACAACAAGACAUUGCACUCGAACAACUAG